CUUUCGGUACGAACGUGUGUGGCGGGCGGAUGCCGUUCAUGAAAAACAAAUUUACAUCGCUCCGAUUCGGUUAACUCGCUCAAAUGCGUGCGUGCGGAUAGACAGUGAACACCGAAAAAAAAAACAUGCCGAGCAAAGUGGUAAAGAAGUGGGGGAAACACCAGUCAGUACCACCGCUGAGAUAGAGUUCAUCAAAAGAAUCAUAAAAACAAUCGAACUACUGGCGCUGUAAAUCAACGUUUGUUAUUGACCACGAAUUGUGAAUGGCUAAGCGGCGCCCAACGAGAUUCCGACCUUCCUCCAUUGAUGAAAAAAUGCUGACAUUUCAAUUGAACAUUAAUAUAUUUACAAACAAACAUGCACGUGGAUAAAUAAACAAACAAUUUUAAUUGAAAUUGAUAUGAAAAAAGAGUGAAAACAAUUAAUAGUGAAAUGAUUGAAACAAUUAACAUCAACAACAACAAAAACAACAAUAAUAAAAAUAACAAUAAAAUCAGAAUAUGUACAACGUGACAAUUCAAUUGUUAUGCGCCACACGAACAAACACUUCAGCAAGUCAUCAAUGACAUCGUCACCAACAUCAUUACCAUAUCAAUAAAAAAUACAGCAGCAGCACCAACAACAACUACCACAAAUGAUUUGCUCCGGUGGAAGUCUACAAAAUAAGGCUAUAGCCGGGAAAAAGAACAACAUCAUGCAAGAUAUACGAUUACGCAUGGAAAACCAUCAACAUCAUCAUCACCACCAUCAUAAUACGACACCACCGUCACCUGCGACCCAUCACCUCCAACAUCAGUAUCAGAACCAACAACCACAUCACGUGUCGUCAUCAUCACAUCACAUGGCCAGCAGUUUGGGAAGACGCUCAACGCCGAAUACCAUUCAGGCUUUACCUCAAAUUAGCAUUGGUUGCAAUGAAGACGCCAACAUUGUGAAACAUCAUCCGCAUCAGGUCCCAUUGUCACCCAGUUCCGAGGAGGAUAAUUCAGUCACGGAAAUGAAUAAUUGUCGGCGUCUAUUGGAUAAACCGCCAUUGGUUAAACGUCUCACCAUGGGCAUGGGUUUGAAAAGAACCACCGAAGACAGCAGACCAUUGGUCCACACCACACCUCCCUCCCUCAAUUCAUAUACAUCGACGCACAACUUCUCCGAUGGCUAUGUAAAUGAAGCAAUUUGUGAUCCAGAUAAAUUCAUAUCAACACGAUUCGGCGAUUCGUGUCGUCAGUCCCUAACCGAUCUUAAGAGUUCUCAAUGCUUUACCGAACAGAAUACGGAAUUUGGCUAUCAAAAAUCCUUUCUAAGGAAAACUUGUAGUGCCAACUCAAGUCCCAAAAUAAUAUCGCCCAGUGGGACAUUACGUGUCGAGGGUCUUAGUCUGGCCGAACAGAAAGAACUGAAAGGUGCUCCAUGGUUCCAGGCCGGCAUUCCGCGUGAAAUAUCACUUGAGGUCUUAUCGAAACAACCACCCGGCUCAUUUUUAGUUAGGCAAAGUAAUACAAAACCCGGAUGUUUUGCAUUAUCACUACGUGUACCUCCGCCAGCGCCCAAAGUUGCUCAUUACUUGAUUUUGAAGACUCCAAAUGGUUAUAAAAUUAAGGGGUUUACCAAGGAAUUUUCCUCAUUGCGAGCCCUCAUCACCCACCAUUCGGUAAUGCCAGAAUUGUUGCCGGUGCCUUUAAAUCUGCCACGACCCCAAACGAAUAUGUCACACAACAGUACACGGGAUAGAGGGAAUUUCGAUACCUAUGGAUCUUUGAAUGAUUUCCAUAAAAUGAUGGAUGAUUUGAAUGUCUGAUAUGCAAAACCUGACAAAAAAUGGACUUAAACUAUCACCACCAUGAAGAAACGCAACAAGAAUUUUCAAAAUAUAAAUAAUAUGGGCCAAUAGGAAACAUAAAUUACAAUGUAUGAUAAAAAAAAAAAAACAAAUUAUUAUUAAUUUUAUAAAAAUGCUAAAAUUUAAUUUUUUUGGCAAAAUAGUUAUAAAUUUAAUUUUAUUUUGCAAUGCCUUUUCUUAAUUUUAUUGUUUCUUAGCAAAAAAAAUGUUAAAAACACUCAAUUGUAGCUAUGGAAAAUAUAAUAUUUACUACAAAUCAUAAACUGUGAAUAAACUGUUAACAGUAUGCAUUAAUUAGAUACGUUCGCAUUGUUCGUUUUAUAUAUGUAAUUAGGUGUUUAAUUCAAAUUCUUUGAAACAAAAAAAUGGACUUACUUGUUUAAAAU